AUGUCUCGCGACUCAUCGGCCUCCCCUUCCGAGGGUGAGAUUUUAGAAUCAGGCUCAGAGAAGGCAAACACGUCAACCAAUGGAAGUAGAGAAACAGGCGUUGACCGUCCAUCCAGAACUCGGGUCACGAUCUCUCGGUCGCCCUCUCCAUACAGAGCCCUUGGUCAACAUAGAUCACGUGGCCUCUCUCGAGACAGAUCUCGUUCGCCUUUCCGAGAAUCGCGAGGAGCCAAAAGACGCCACGAGGCUGACCAUUACGAUCGCCAACACAAAGAUCCCAGACGCUUUAAAGUACGAUAUGAGGACUCAAAACAGAGAGGCAGUGAUUUGCGACAAUCCUCGCAUCGUGAGACCACCUAUCAGGAUUCAGGCUACAAAAAGUAUGAUCAAGCCGACUAUCGAAACACUCUUAGUCGUUCGCGGGAUAAUCGCGGACUCCAGAAUGGCUACUCAGAACGAUCUUCGACUCUCCAUAAAGGACCCAAAAAAGAACACGGUUACCUCCAUGAUAAAGAUGUGCGAUCCGGCAACCACUCGCGGCGAGGUCAGGAUGAGAGGGAUCAUCGGGAAGGCAGAGUCCGCGUUACCAAUGAACAGUCAGUGAGCGAUCAGGUCUUCGGGCCAAUUGCUACUGCCCAACAAUAUCAUCAUGCUAAAACAAACAAUGCUCAGACGCCUGAUCGUAGUAUCAUUAAUACAAAUGGGAACCGUUCCAAAUCAGCUGAGUAUGUCCCACCACUGGCAAGGGGAUCUUAUGCUGAUUUAUUUUCUUAUAGUGGUGGUGCGGUGAACCCCUUUAACACGAUAGUGGAGGCAAUUGUCUGUGUCCCUGAGACCCAACACGAUGAGGCAGCAUUGAUCGAAGAACGCCGCAAGAGGCGAGAAGCCAUAAAAGCCAGACAUAGAGGUCAAGCCACUCCUAUGCUUGUGCAAGCUCCAGCAUUAGAGAAAGAUUCUGAACCAAACACACCGAGGCUAGAGACUCAAAAGCCACAAGGUAUGCCCCUACAACCUCAAAAGUUGGGUGGUGUUGACCCUCUGACUGUAGCGUCUCCCAAGUCGCCCUUACCUUUUUCUUCCAAGCCCGUUGAUGAGCAAGAAUCGCCAGACGAAUUCAUCGUCGCUAAAGACGCCGAUUUGGCAAACAGCAGUAUAAUGCGGGACUCUACCAGGCCAGAAGAGGAACCUUCUGCAGCUGAUUACGACCCAACAGUAGACAUGCAAGAAGACAAAAUUCGACAUGACCAAUAUCAACAGCAGGAUGCAGUAUCUGCUUCUGUUUAUGACGAGACCAAAGAAGUGGAUCAAGACGUAAUUAUUCGUGAGACUACUGCAGAACAGCCGACCCAAAAGGGCGUGUCUGAUGGUUUCGAUAUGUUUGCAGAGGAUGUUGACAUGUUCGUGGACGGCCCAGUGGUACCCAGAACAACCGACAAGACAUCAAGCAAAGCUGUGCCCGUAGCUCAGACUCAAGCUCGAGACAUGAGCAUGCUUGACGACUCGGAUGACUCGGAUGGUUACUACAAAAUAAUCCUCGGCGAGCUGUUGGAUGGUCGCUAUCAUGUCCAAUCGAACCUAGGUAAAGGAAUGUUUUCGGGCGUAGUUCGUGCGACGGAUCAGAAGACACAACAGCUUGUUGCGGUCAAAGUUGUGCGUAACAACGAGACGAUGAAAAAAGCUGGCUUGAAGGAGAUUGAAAUCUUGCAGACGCUUAAGGUUGCAGAUCCAGAGGAUAAGAAACACUUGAUCCGCCUUGAGAGAUCGUUUGAGCACAAGGAACAUCUAUGUAUGGUUUUCGAGAAUCUCAGCAUCAACCUGCGGGAAGUCUUGAAAAAGUUUGGCAGGGAUGUUGGCAUCAACCUCAAAGCCGUCAGAGCAUAUGCUCAGCAAAUGUUCUUAGGUUUGAGCCUCAUGCGAAAGUGUAACAUUAUACAUGCGGAUCUCAAGCCCGACAAUGUCCUCGUCAACGAAAGCCGUAAUGGGCUCAAGAUUUGUGAUCUAGGGUCUGCUUCAGACGUUUCUGAUAACGAAAUUACGCAAUACCUCGUAAGCCGCUUCUACAGAGCACCAGAAAUCAUCCUAGGACUGCCCUACGAUUUCGCCAUCGACAUGUGGUCGGUUGGAUGUACACUCUUCGAGCUAUAUACGGGUAAGAUAUUGUUUGCUGGACGGAGCAAUAAUCAAAUGCUUCGUGUAAUGAUGGAAUGUCGCGGCAAAUUCAGUCAGAAAAUGCUACGAAAGGCCCAAUUUGCGGGCUUCCAUUUCGACGACAUGCUUAACUUUAGAAGUAUAGAGAAAGAUCGACUUACGGGAAAAGACAGUAUCAAAACGCUUAACUUUGCAAAGCCAACCAGGGAUUUGAGAACCCGAAUCUCAACUAACGUGAAAGGUAUGGAUGAUGGCGAGGUAAAGGAGGUGAAUGUGUUCAUCGAUCUUUUGGACCGCUGUUUGAACCUGAACCCUGAGAAGAGAUUUACCCCAGCUGAAGCUCUCAAACACCCCUUCAUCCUGAGGCAAAAGGUCUGA